AUGGGUCAACCCCCCAGUAUGGAUGUCAGUGUCGCCCUCCUUCGUGUCACCGGAAACACGGCUGAAUCUCGAUUAAUGGCAUCAGGCGAGACAUCAGCUCAGAAUUCCGCUUACACCAACCACCCCCUCCCUCCCCUUUCAAGCUUCGAAACAAACACAGCCACCACGCUUGCGGUAACUAACAAGGUUCGUGCUCGGAGAAAUAAUUCAGGGCAGAACACGAAUGGCAUCAAUGGUGAUCGGAGUUGUUCGUCGGGCAAAGGGACAAACACCAUUGUCAAACAGGGGGGAUCGUAG